UAGCUCAUAUACAGAAUCUUUAGAGGAUCAGAGGGUCCUAAUCUGCUUCUGAGGCUUCAUCAGUGCUUUAGAGAAGAGACGCUGGGAUUUAGAUUUAACUAGUGCAACUGGAAUACAGCGAUAAUGCCUUCCGCUAAGAAGACGCUACAUUUCUUGUUCAGUGCGUGGGUUACUACUAUGUCCGUUGGAAUCCUGGGGUAUGGCAUGUCAAGAGAGUGGUCUAAGACAACCAUGGAGUGCGCAAGAGGAGGAAGUGACUUCUUCAAUGGAACUGCUGAGAUCACUUUGGAGCUUUUUAGUGGGAAUUUGGACAGAACCUUUUGUCCCACCUUUGGAGGUUCUGUUGGUUUUCAAGUGUUUCCUAAGUUGAAAGAAACAGGAGUCACCCCUGUAGUCCUCCACGCUUUGGCUGUGUGCCUGUUGGUCCUGUGUCUCGUGUUCUCUGCCGCCAGCAUCCUUAUCUCCCUCUACAACAGCGUCAGUAACCCUUAUGAGACCUACAUGGGGCCUGUUGGCAUCUACGCCUGCAGCUCACUCUGUGCAUGUUUGUCUGUUGUGGUCCUUAUCCUGUUUGUGGUGAACGUCAAUCUGACCAACUUGGCAGAGGAAUUAGUAAAGGAAUUUGCCACCACUGAAGUGGACCUGAAGAACAAGUCUUCAGAGAUGCAGCUAGGGUACUACCUCGUCAUCCCUUACACAGUGCUCUCUCUCGUCGCCAUUGUUUUGAUCUACAUGUACGACCAUGCAGCCUACACACAUAGGAGAGAACAGCAGAGGCCUACAGAGGACGCACCCAAGGAGAUAAUGAUGUAUUAAUGGCCUGCAAUGAAGUCUCUUUUCAGUGACAUUAAUAAAUUGCCCGUCAAGACAUUCUUGAGGAAUUUACAGUAAUGGAGAAUAACAGACAGACAUUGGAUGUAUGUAAAGUAAAAUAUCAAUGUACAGCUUGUUAACAAAUAAUAAGAAUAUACAUUUAACACAUUAUCAUGCUUUUAAUGUCUUUUUCUUGCAACAGUUUUAUCAUUUCAGUGUUUUAAUCUGAUUUGACCUGAAGUUAUCGCAUUGUAUUGUAAUUAUUUGCUGAUACUAAAUGUUUACAAGUAUGUAAAUCUUUUUGAAUUUGAACUGACAUUCUAGAAAAUCUAUUUAUUUUGUGUGAAAAAUAAUUAAACCGUUCCUGGUUUAAUAUGAUGAAAACUUAAUGUAUUUUUUUUUUAUAGAUAAAUGGCAGUCAAAUGCGUUAAGUCUUCACUACAUCAACAUGUCUUACAAAUCAACAUAUAUACAGAAACCCAGUGACAUACUUUGUGUGUUUUGUGUCUGAAACAAUUAAGAAAAUAAAAUAAAUACAUAAAAUAAGUGGAUGUAAAUAAACA